UAGGCAUAAGUCCAGUGUUGAGGUAAUUCAUAUGACUCACGGUUGCCAUAAUUAAAGGUUAAAUCAUUUGCAACACAUUGCCACCUCAACUUUAUCAGUCUCUAAUCUCUGACCUUUGGUUUCAGUAUAUUUUCAAAUGAUAAAUAUUCUUACUUCGAAGGUCUAAGGAAUGGCUGAAAAUGCAAGCAGUUCAAACGAAGAGCAGAAGGCUUCAUCUUCUACUAUGACUCAGUGUUAUGAAAAUUAUAUUCUGGUGGACGUUGGUGCCAAUCUAACGAAUAAAAAAUAUAGUCGAGACUUGGAUAGCGUGAUACAGAGAGCCAAGGAUGCUGGGGUACAGAAAAUUAUGGUCACAGGUGCAAGUAUUCGUUCCAGUAAAGAAGCUUUACGUUUAACAAGAAUUUAUCCUGGUACCCUCUACUCCACUGCGGGUGUUCAUCCUCACGAUGCAAAAUCAUGGGAAGAUCCAGAAACUCUACAAGAACUUGAAAGCAUAGCUAGCAAUCCUGAAUGUGUUGCUAUCGGAGAAUGUGGCUUAGAUUACAAUAGGGAUUUUUCUGAUCCUGACACUCAACGCUCUGUGUUUCACAAGCAAGUAGAACUUGCAUGUCAACUAAAUAAACCUAUUAUAAUACAUGAGAGAAGUGCCCAAAGUGACGUAAUAGAAGUACUGAGACAAUAUACAAGUCGUCUACCACCAGUUUUAAUUCACUGUUUCACGGGAACUGCAGAAGAAGCACAAAUUUAUCUGAAUCAAGGUUUUUAUUUAGGAAUUACCGGGUAUUUGUGUAAAGACAAAUCAGACAGUGGUGUAAGACAGUUAUUAGAAGGUGGACAAGCACCUUUAGAUAGAAUUCUAGUGGAAACUGAUGCCCCAUUUAUGUAUCCAAAUACUAGAGCUAGCAAACUACCUCCACAUGUGAAAGAUGCUCUCACCGAACGAUCCAUGACAUUCCUGCAUCGUUACUGCACCUUCCAACGCAACGAACCCUGUGCCUUGCCAGCAAUCGUUGAAAUGGUAGCUGCGUUCAUGCAGACAUCACCUGAAGAAAUAGCAUUAGCUACAGCUUUUAAUGCACUCAAGUUAUUCGGUCUUAAUCAAUGAUAUUGACCACAUGCUGCCGAAACACGAGUAAAAUGGUGCUAGCUGGUGCUCUAGAAGUUUCAACUGGUUGUAUUAUCCGUAGGCAGCUUAUUUUUCUAUACUCUGCAGUAUGUAGAGUAUUUUUUAUAAUAUAUUUAUUUGCCUCAUGAUUGUUGGAAAUGUUGAGGGGAAUGUGUAUUCCUAUUUAUCAGAGUUUUCAAACAAAAUUUUACAAAUUUACUGUAUCUCGCGUUUUUAGUCUUAUGCAAACGGCAUUAUAUUCAUAGGUAUAGUACACAUCCGUAUAAAAUAUUUAGAUUGAAAUUUGUUUACAAACCGUAUCAUGUUCAGUGUAAUAUUAAGUUAUAUUUACAAAGUAUUUGUAUAAUCGACAAGUAAUAAUAUGUUACUUAGACUUUUUACUUGUAAUUUUAAUUCAGAUGGGAUAACAAGUAGUAUUACAACUAAAACGACGUGUGACGUUUGGUUUGUAGCUUGUUCUAAUUUGUACCGUAUAAACAAUCAGUUUCAAAGUUUUUUUGAACUGUCGGAUAAUAACUAUUUUAUUGUUGACAUAUUGCAUAUUUUCAUAUAAUAAAUUGUUAUGAUCUAUAAA